UGCCCCGGGCACCUAAAAUCCUGAAUUUCCAAAGCUCCAUGUCUUCGUUCUUGCUCUGCUCGAAAACCCAGAUGAACAUGAAGAAAUUCAUAUCAAUUCCCAUUUUUUCUGUGUUAUCCUUGAUGGGUUUUGUGUAUUACAUUACGGUCUUCAUUUUCAUCCAGGAUUGGACUGGUUUGCUUACCUCUCCCGGUUUGAUUAACUCUUUCAUUUUCACUUACUUGGCUUCCCUUUGCCUGUUCUCUUUCGCUGUUUGUGUUCUUACCGACCCUGGUUCGGUUCCUUCUUCCUAUUUGCCUGAUUUUGAAGAAAGUGCUGGCUCCGAUCAUGAUGCCAAGAAUUCCGCUUUACAGAUGAAGCAGUGUGAAAAGUGUAGCACCUACAAGCCUCCGAGGGCCCAUCAUUGUCGAGUUUGCAGAAGGUGUGUUUUGAGGAUGGAUCAUCAUUGUUUGUGGAUAAAUAACUGUGUUGGUUAUUGGAACUACAAGUCCUUUUUUGUGCUUGUCUCUUAUGGGACUUUGGCAAGCUUAUAUUCUACGUUCAUAAUUGUGAGCUGUGCAAUUAGAAAGAACUGGGAUUUUGAUGGAACGCUUCCUUUAAAGAUUUUCUAUAUUAUUUGUGCGGUGAUGAUGAUCUCCUUGAGCUCGACUCUUGGAACUCUCUUGGGCUGGCAUGUCUACCUCAUCAUUCGAAAUAUGACAACUAUAGAGUAUUAUGAAGGAAUACGUGCAGCAUGGUUGGCUAGAAAAUCUGGACAGAGCUACCAGCAUCCAUUCGAUAUCAGUGCUUAUAAAAAUAUGACCUUGGUCUUAGGUCCAAACAUUCUGAAAUGGGCAUGGCCUACUUCAGUUGGCCAUCUCAAAGAUGGACUCAGUUUUCCGACUUUACGCGAUACUUCAUGAACGAGUUCAACUGAGCUGACCUGGUUUUUGUUUUGGUUAGAAGAAUACUUCAAUGGCGAGCAUAGUGAAGUGGAGAUCUAAAUUUGUAGAUAAAUACACUGCAAUUUCUCCACUCAUCAACCCAUUAAAGGAAACAAAGAGAAGAGUCUGGGUUGAUUCUGAUCAAAGUAAUCAAGCUCAGAAACAAGGGAUAAUGUGUAUACUUGCAAUUAUGUGUUCAAAUAGAAAUCUUAAAUACCAUUCCAAGUUUGUGAAUUUCAAAUGGCUGUAGAAAAGUCUUAGAAGUCUUUAGCUUGUUUUUAUUUCUUUUGGUGUCGUAUUGAAUUCAUCUCGGAUAGUUUCUUUCCCCCUCCCGUCUCAAAUUUUGAAUACAAUUUAAAAUGGUUUCAGUGCCAUUUUAUUUUCUUAUU